CCUGUAUGUUUACUUGUACGUAGCACAUAACCUAAGAAGUUGAAACGAAAAAUCGCUGUCAUCACACAUACUAAAUAGUUAAUUAAUCAAUUAAAACGCUCUUCUGCGAUGUCGACAAAGAAUAAAUCUGAGAAAUACGUGCAGCCGGUAGCGUACAGCGAAGCAGCAAUCCGUAACAAUGCCACAGUUGUCGAAUAUUGUCGUACAUCCAUGGCUGCAUUAUCAGGAUGUACAGCAGGUUUACUUGGAUUAACUGGCUUGUAUGGAGCUGCAUUCUACAUCUUUACAGUAUUCCUCCUCUGGUUCAUGAUCAUCUCAAAGGCAGGCUCACAAUUCAACAAAUAUUUUGUUUCCAGGAGACAAGUAUUCACAAAUGGUUUCUUUGGUCAGUUAUUCACUUAUAUUCUAUGCUGGACAUUCCUCUAUGGCAUGGUUCAUGUAUAUUAAAUGUAAAUCACAAGUCAUAAUCUAAAUUUGAUUGAAUUUUUUAAGUUAUAACAAGACCUAAAUUAUAAUAAUUAUGAUAAUCAAUUAUUAGAGUUAUUAUUGGCAUUGACAUUCUUUGGACUGCCGUGUUUUUGCCACAUUUCAAUGGAUUUCACUGCAAUUAGGUCGGCUGUCUCUUCUGAUAUCUGUAAAACAAUGCAAAUAUUGUUAUGGAACAGCAAAUAUUUAGAUUUAUAGUAUUAAUUACAUUUUUUAGGCAGUCUAGGAAAGCCUGUAAUGUUGUGCAUUUAAGUAGCUCGUGUCUUUGUAUCGUUAAUAACGCAAUUGUCACAAA